AUGGCCGUCUUCCUAGCUUGUUUCACCUCUGGCCUAGCCGGCGUGUAUUUUGAAUUAGUCCUCAAGUCAUCAACCAAGGUCGAUCUAUGGAUUCGCAACGUGCAACUAUCCCUCUUCUCACUCCUCCCAGCCUUAUUCACAGCCCUGGCCGCCUCCUCCUCCUCCCCGGAACCGAUGUUUGCUCACUUCGGAUUUUGGGCCUGGGCAACGAUCCUCACACAGGUCUUUGGAGGUCUGGUGACCGCACUGGUGAUUAAGUUUGCCGACAAUAUCCUCAAAGGUUUUGCUACCUCCCUCUCCAUCAUCUUGUCGACCGUGGCUGGGGUGUUCCUAUUCGACGCGGCUCUUCCGUUCGGCUCUGCACUCGGAGCCUCCGUCGUCCUCAUGUCGACCUACUGCUACAAUCUCUCCUCUGGCGAGCCCACCUCACCUGUGCCCACUGCUGCAAAUGACAAGUCUAUCGGCCUCCCCGCUCCCCCAGCCGUAAUCAUCGAUUUCAGUCAUCAAGCUUCUUCUCGAUACGACGAAAAAAAUGAUCACGGCGAUCGCAACGGUGAAGAUGCACAUCUCUUGCCCGACUCGACCAAGAUCUGCCCAAACGGAUUUCAUGUGGUCAAUAACUCAGCCACCCUCUCCCAACUACCACCUUAUUCUAACAAGAAAUAA